UUAUUAUUGUUCAUAGUUGAAUCGUGAAUAAUAUUGGGACAAUGAGUGGUAGAGGAAAGACCGGUGGAAAGGCAAGAGCCAAGGCGAAAUCUCGUUCGUCCAGAGCAGGGCUGCAGUUCCCAGUCGGUCGUGUUCAUAGGCUGCUGCGAAAAGGAAACUAUGCUGAACGUGUGGGCGCUGGAGCUCCGGUCUAUCUGGCCGCGGUGCUCGAGUACCUGACUGCUGAAAUCCUAGAGCUGGCCGGGAACGCUGCCCGGGACAACAAGAAAACCAGAAUCAUCCCGCGUCACCUGCAGCUCGCUGUCCGCAACGACGAGGAGCUCAACAAGCUGCUGGGAGGCGUCACUAUCGCUCAGGGCGGAGUGCUGCCUAACAUUCAAGCCGUUCUGCUGCCCAAGAAAGCUGAAAAAGUUCCGAAGAGCAAAAACAUGUUCAUAGUGGACGUGAAGGAAACUGUAGAAGACGCUCCUCAGAAGACCGCUACCAAGCCUAAGAAAGCGGGUCCCAGCGUGUCGGAUCUCAUCGUUAAGGCAGUGUCUGCUUCCAAGGAGCGCAGCGGGGUGUCUCUGGCCGCGCUCAAGAAAGCUCUGGCGGCCGGCGGCUACGACGUGGAAAAGAACAACUCCCGGGUCAAUACGGCGGUCAAGAGUCUGGUGAGCAAGGACACCCUGCUGCAGACCAAGGGCGUCGGCGCUUCUGGCUCCUUCAAACUCAACAAUAAACGGGUUAAGAAGCCCAGGAAGUCUCCCAAUAAAACAAAGAGAGCAGCAACGUUGAAGGAGGCAGACAACAGCCCCCCAAAAGCUCGGAGCACGAAACCCAAUCCGAAGGAUGCCAGAACGUAUAAAAGAGCUCAGAGGGUGCGUUUUUAUUUAUUGUUUGGUUUACAGUUAGAAACUAGAAAAGAAAACGAAAUGACAGGAAGAGGAAAGACCGGCGGAAAGGCAAGAGCCAAGGCGAAAUCUCGUUCGUCCAGAGCAGGACUGCAGUUCCCAGUCGGUCGUGUUCAUAGGCUGCUGCGGAAAGGAAACUAUGCUCAGCGUGUGGGCGCUGGAGCUCCGGUCUAUCUGGCUGCGGUGCUCGAGUACCUGACUGCUGAAAUCCUAGAGCUGGCCGGGAACGCUGCCCGGGACAACAAGAAAACCAGAAUCAUCCCGCGUCACCUGCAGCUCGCUGUCCGCAACGACGAGGAGCUCAACAAGCUGAUGGGAGGCGUCACCAUCGCUCAGGGCGGAGUGCUGCCUAACAUUCAAGCCGUUCUGCUGCCCAAGAAAACCGAGAAACCGACCAAGAGCAAAUAAAGCAUCAAAACGACCCGUGUACUUCAACAACAAAGGCUCUUUUAAGAGCCACCCA